GUGUGUGUGUGUGUGUGUGUGUGUGUGUGUGUGUGAGCUGUAUAAACCUCCCCACGUUAUUUCUGGACCGUGACCUUCUCCCUGCGCUUUUCUCGUGUACUAAUUCGUCUCUGCGCACUGAACAUAGUGUUGUUGGAUCAUGGCCUGAUUUGGACAUCUAGAAAAGCAAUAAACCGGAACUACACUUUCUACAGCAGGAAAUCUAAUGCAUGAAGGUUGCACCCGUGUUUCCUCGGAUAAACUGUGAAACCAUCAUCAUGACCAAAGACGAUGAAAUCCCUGACUGGGUGGGAGCUAAAGAGUUCUAUGAAAAAUAUGAUCCCAAGGAGAUCCUUGGAAGGGGAGUUAGCAGUGUGGUCAGACGCUGUGUAAAUAAACGCACAGCACACGAAUAUGCCGUCAAAAUCAUUGACAUAACACCAUCGGAUAAAACGACACCUCAAGAGAUUGAGGAGAUCAGGGAAGCCACCGUGAAAGAGAUUGAAAUCCUGAGGAAAGUGUAUGGGCAAGAGAACAUAAUUCAGCUGAAGGACUGCUAUGAGACAAAAUCCUUCUUCUUCUUGGUCUUUGACUUAAUGAAAAAAGGAGAGCUGUUUGAUUAUCUCACUGAGAAAGUUACACUGAGUGAGAAAGAGACAAGAAAGCUUAUGCGUGCUUUGCUGGAAGUGGUUAGCUUCCUUCACUCCCAGAACAUAGUUCACAGAGACCUGAAGCCAGAGAACAUCCUUCUGGAUGACAACAUGAACAUCAAACUGACCGAUUUUGGCUUCGCCGUACAGAUUGCAUCGGGGCAGAAGCUUAAAGAGGUAUGUGGAACACCAGGUUAUUUGGCUCCAGAAAUUAUUGAGUGUUCCAUGGAUCCUCAUCAUCCAGGCUAUGGCACUGCAGUGGAUAUCUGGAGUGCUGGUGUGAUCAUGUAUACACUCCUGGCUGGCUCUCCUCCAUUCUGGCACCGGAAACAGAUGCUGAUGCUGCGCAUGAUACUGGCAGGAAACUAUCAGUUUACUUCACCAGAGUGGGACGAUCGCUCAGACACCAUCAAAGAUCUAAUCUCCAAAAUGUUGGUGGUGAAUCCAGAGCAACGUUACACAGCCAACGAUGCCUUAAAUCACCCGUUCUUUCAGCAGUAUGUGGUGGAGGAGGUGCGGCAUUUCAGCCCGUACAGGAAGUUUAAAGUGAUCUGUAUGACUGUCCUCGCUUCGGUGCGCAUUUACUGCAAUUAUCGUCGUGCUAAACCCGUCACCAAGGACGUGAUCAGGAGUGACCCCUAUGCAGUGAAACCAAUUCGCAAACUCAUCGAUGCUUGUGCAUUCAAGAUAUAUGGACACUGGGUGAAGAAAGGCCAAACGCAGAACAGAGCGGCCUUAUUCGAGAACAGCCCAAAGGCCAUUUUACUCUCUAUAGCGGCCGAGGCUGAAAAUUCCUCAUUGCGUACCUGGUAGACGAAAAUGAGAAACUGGGAAAGUUGCUUGAUCAAGAAUGUUGCAAAUCACUUUUCUGGAAUGUGUUACUAUUCUAAAUUCAGGAAACCGACUUCUAAUCUUAUUUUGCAAUGGAAAAUGUGCACAUGUUUUUUAGAUAUAGUUUAUUCGGAAGCUGAAAUAUUUGCAUAUCUCCAAGUGUUCAGCAAUACAUGUAUGUUAAAACCUCAAUAAUAAGCUUUUACAUACCUCACAUAUGUACAGUGUAGCUUGAAAUGGGUUUUUACUAUAUACACUCAUUAAAAUAUCUAGAUUGUUGGAUGUAAAGCAAAGUGUAAGCAGCAUCAAUGAAAGAUCUAUUUUGUCCUGCUUGACUGUCAUGGAGGCUAAGAAUCACCUGAAUACCUUCUUGUGCACAUGCAAGUGAACAUUUGUUCAAGUGAUUUAUUUAAGGAUAAGUAAAAGCUUGUGACGGCACAUCGGUUGGCACGUCUCUGGGUGCUUUGUUAAAAGGGGCAAAGAAUGUCUGGUCUAAAGAGACUGGUGUUGGAUCCAACCAUUGUGCUGGGGUACAUUAGGAGUCUACACAAAUUGCCAAACUGAAAUGGGCUU